AUACCAAAGAUGAUGACUAGAAAGAUUAAGCUUUGGGACAUUAAUGCCCAUAUAACCUGUCAUUUAUGCAGCGGAUACCUGAUUGAUGCCACUACUGUAACAGAAUGCUUACAUACCUUCUGUAGAAGCUGUUUGGUGAAGUAUUUGGAGGAAAACAACACCUGUCCAACGUGUCGGAUUGUUAUACAUCAGAGCCAUCCAUUACAGUAUGUUGGUCAUGAUAGAACAAUGCAAGAUAUUGUUUACAAACUUGUGCCAGGCCUCCAAGAAGCGGAAAUGAAAAAGCAGAGGGAAUUCUAUCACAAAAUGGGUAUGGAAGUACCAGGGGACAUCAAAGGGGAGACAUGCUCUGCAAAGCAACAUCUAGAUUCACAUCGGAAUGGUGAAACUAAACCAGAUGAAAAUUCAAACAAAGACACUUCUGAAGAAAAGCAGGAAGAAGAUAAUGACUAUCAUCGAAGUGAUGAACAGGUAAGCAUCUGCUUGGAAUGCAAUAGCAGCAAAUUGCGUGGAUUAAAACGAAAAUGGAUCCGCUGUUCAGCACAAGCAACAGUCUUGCAUCUAAAGAAGUUCAUUGCUAAAAAACUUAACCUUUCUUCUUUUAAUGAGCUGGAUAUAUUAUGCAAUGAAGAGAUUCUUGGCAAGGACCACACACUCAAGUUUGUAGUUGUUACUAGAUGGAGAUUUAAGAAAGCGCCUCUACUGCUACAUUACAGACCCAAAAUGGACUUGCUAUAG